AUGAAGGCAGCCAUCGCAGCCCUUUGCUUGCUUGCAGCAGUAGCCUGUGUUAUUGCGCUGCUACCUGAAAGCAUCUGCAGAGCACCACAUCCUGAGUCGCUCUGCACUCCUGAUGCUCCAAUGAGUUGGACGUGGUACUUUGACAACCGCACUAACGACUGUCAGAAACACGAAAGAUGUAGCAGAGGUUACAAUGACUUUGGAAGCAAGGAAUGCUGCAUAGAUUCCUGUCCAUACGGAAAACACCACCCACCCGGGCAAGCCAGAAAAUGGUAA